GUCGAAAUACGCUCGACUCUCAAAUAUUAUAGUACUUUUCGACAAAAAAAAAAUUAUGGUCGUAUAGGUAAGCUCCAAAUGUACGUUCUCACGAGUUCCCAGAUCAUUGACGCCACCACCGUCUUCACGGAAGCAUUUUGUCGAACACCUUCUUGUACUCUCCUCCGCAGUGGGCCCCACAGUCGCCGUGCACCGGGCGGUCUCGACUCCUCCACCCCGACACGUGGCACCGCCCUCCCCCACCUCCAUCCAUCCUCAUAAAAAGGCGCCAUUUGCUUCACCUCCAAUUUGAAACUCCGCCGCCCAAAACCCUAAGCUCCGCCGUACCCUCCGCCAUGCACCACCACCCUCACUCCUACUCCCUCGACUCCCUCUCCCAGUCCCAGUCCCUCGCCUCCCUCAUCCUCUCCUCCUCCUCCCCUCCCCAGAUUUCCUCCGCCUGCGCCUCCAUCGACUCCUUCCUCCACUCCCACUCCCCCGACCACUCCCGCCACUUCUUCUCCCUCGCCUUCCCUCCCCUCAUCUGCAAGCUCUUCGGCUUCGACGACGGCCCAGCCCCUGCCUCGUCCUCUUCGCCCUCCGCCCCAGCCCCCGCUGCCGUCCACCAUGGGUGGGUCGACACCAUCAUCUCCUCCAACGACCCGGAUCUCGCCUCUAGGGUUUUCGCGCUCCUCUCCCCCGACGGCCCCCUCAUGAGCUCUAUCUCAGCUGUCGAUCGGCUUGGCCUCGUGAGGUACGUCUUCCCGACCGAGCGGCUCCCGGAAUGGACCCGCUAUAUGCUCCUCAACGACAGGGACAUUCGCGUUCUUGCUGAUCUUUGCCCGCUCUUGAGAGGCAAGGUUCGAGAAGACUCGAUCAAGGGGUCCUUUUUCCAGGUUCAGCUUAAUGUGUUCGAGUAUUUCAUGUUCUGGUUCGCUUAUUACCCUGUCUGCAGAGGAAAUAGCGAGAAUUUAGACGUUGUCGCAUCAAAGAAGAGUAAGAGGUCCAGGUUAGAGAACUGGGCGAGCUCAAUCCCGGGCAUUUCGAGUGUUAAACGCGGCAUUGAUCAUAACAAAACCGAGUGCAAUCUAUACAUUCGGCUUCUUUAUGCAUACUUGCGAGCAUUCGUCCCAAUAGAUGAUUUAACUGCUCAUCAACCUUACCGCAGUUCACUUCUUCAUUAUCCCACGGAUUAUGAUGGGUCGAUUUUAGCUCAGGCUCAGUUCUUGGUAGAUACGUUGAUAAAUUACUGGUUGGUGGACAAUGAUUUCUCCCCAGUGUCUGUAAAUGCUUGCAAGUCAAUUGGUGUUUCGUUCCCUUUUCGUUCUGUGCUUGGGGAAACUCCUCCAACGUCAGGAUUGGGUGAAGUGGUUAAACUAUUUGUCAAGUACUUGAACUUGAGUCUUGCAAAGGAUAAGGAGGUGAAUGGGAGUGCAGAUUGUGGUCGGAGUCCCAGGUGGAGAAGUGGAGAUUCACCUGAGUCAAGGGAUGUUGUGGUGAGUGGAUCCCACACUGAUCCUGUUGGAUCUUGGAACUCACGGAUACAGAGGCCAUUGUAUCGGUACAUACUGCGGACAUUCUUGUUUUGCCCAGUGGAGACCUCAAUGAAGAAUGCUUCACAAGUUUUCUCAGUGUGGAUGAGUUACAUUGAACCUUGGGAGAUCAGCUUGGAUGACUUCUCGGAGCUUGGAGGUGUUGGUGGGUUGGCUAAGAGUGAGAGGAAGGGGGAUUCACGCUCUCAGGUGGUUGGAUACUCAUCAGCUUGGCAAGAUUAUGUGUUGUCUAAUUAUCUGUACUACAGUUCUAUGGUUAUGCACUUCAUCGGGUUUGCACAUAAGUUCCUUCACACAGAUCCAGAAGUGAUUGUACAGAUGGUGCUAAAGAUUAUGAGCAUAUUAACAUCAUCAAAAGAGCUGAUUGAUCUCAUAAGGAAUGUUUACACGCUUUUUCAUACUAAAGAGGCUGGUAUCAGCAAAUCAUCGCUUAAGAGCUUAUACCAAUACAUUCCUUCAAUCCGGGAACAGUUGCAGGACUGGGAGGAUGGCUUAUGUGAAAGCGAUGCUGAUGGAUCGUUCUUGCAUGAAAACUGGAACAAGGACUUGCGCCUUUUCGGUGAUGGAGAAGAUGGUGGAAAGCAUCUACUACAGCUGUUUAUAUUACGUGCUGAGGCUGAGCUCCAGGCCACUUCCAGAGACAGCCUCGGUCAGAAUCUUCAGCUCAUAGAUUCCCUGAAAGAUAAGAUAGGUCAAUUAUUUGGUGGCAAUUUCCUUGAGCCUGUGAAUUUGGGCCAGAAGGUCGAUGAACCUCACUGCUCUCGGGAGGAAAUAUUCAGGCCCUGGAGGAUCGGGAAGCGAGCCUUGGCCAAUGUCAAGUACAGAGGCGAUUGGAUGAAACGACCAGUCUCUGAUGAUGAGAUCGCAUGGCUCGCGAAGCUUCUCGUGCAGCUAUCGGCAUGGCUCAACGAGGCUAUUGGGCUGGACCAUGCUGGUGAGAGCGCUGAGGACGGUUCAAAACCGUCGUAUGUAGAGGUACCUACUGAUGAAGGGAGCGUGUGUGGGCCCGUGGACACAGCGAGGACGCUGCUGUGGGCUGUGGGUUCAUGGCUUGUGGUGGUGAGUAGUGCCCUGGUGAGGCUGAUGAGGAAGCACGGGGUGCGAGUGAAUCUGAGGAUACUCGCCUCAAAGAAGAUAGUGAUGGUCGUCCUCGUCUCUGCUCUCUUCGCGGUGCUGAGGAGAGCCCUCGGAUCGUUUCGCAGUGUCUAAAGAGCACAAGAGAACAGACAGGGUACAAGAAGCACAUAUAAUAUACGUGAUAUUUUCAUAGGAAAACGAUACAAAUUUUGGCUGGUGAAUUUCUGCGGCUUUUUCUUCUUGUGUUUUCUCCAUCCAUCUUGUGAUUUCUUGUUUCUGGAUGUUGCCUUCUUUGUAAAUAUGUGAGAAAUUGAAUUCCCAUCACAAAGAAAGAGAAGUUGUACAUACUC